CUAUAAAGAUUAAAACUCUGUGUGAAAAGUUCGCAGUCGCGCUGCAAAAAUGGGAAAAAUCGCGAUCAUUUCGGUUGCAAUAGCAGCUCUUUCGGUGCUGCUCGGAGAGCGGCUCCUCAAUAUUAGCAAAAGGCACCUCAUUUUCAGGGAGAUGGGCAACAAACAUCUGCCCAACUGCGUCGCGCUCAAAAACAUAGAACAUGGCUCGGAGGAUAUAACUGUUGUUGGAGAUGGCCUUGCCUUUAUCAGCGCUGGACUCAAAUUUCUUGGAUUUCCAUCCUCGGAUGAGCCUGGAAAAAUCUACACCCUUGAUCUCAAAGAUCCUAAUCUGAAACCGGUGGAGCUGCGUAUGCCAAGGAACUUUGAUUUAGAGUCCUUCAACCCACAUGGCAUCAGUGUAUACACAGAUCCAAGUGAUGAUACGGUCUACUUGUUCGUUGUUAAUCAUCCGCACUUUGAAAGCCAAAUUGAGAUCUUCAAAUAUGUGGCAGAUGGUUCCUCCCUAGUGCAUCUUAAAACCAUAAAGCACGAACUACUGCACAGUGUGAAUGAUAUUGUUGCAGUAGGGGUAGAGAGUUUUUAUGCCACCAACGAUCACUACUUCUCUAACGAACUCCUGAAAACAUUGGAGAUUGUUUUGCUGAUGCCUUGGACCAACGUAGUGUUCUACAGUCCUAAGGAAGUGAAGAUGGUCUCUGAUGGCUAUCACUUUGCUAAUGGCAUCAAUAUGUCUCCAGACCAAAGGUACAUAUAUGUGGCGAACAUAUUAAACCACAGUGUGAAUGUAUUGGAGAAGAAAAAAGACAACACACUGACACCAAUAAAGUCUGUGCCUUUGGGUUCACUUUGUGACAACAUCGAAGUGGAUCCUGAAACCGGCGACCUUUGGCUGGGCUGUCACAUUAAUGGAAAGAAGCUUUUUCUGUUUGAUCCCAAGGAUCCUCCAGGCUCAGAGGUCAUCCGCAUCCAGAACAUUCUCUCAGAUGAACCCGUGGUGACCCAGGUGUAUACAGAUGAUGGCAAUGUGCUCAUUGGCUCUUCGGUGGCAACUGUUUACGGGGGGAAGCUGCUCAUAGGGACCGUGUUUCAUAAAGCAUUGUGUUGUGAUUUAAAAUAGACAACAGUCACACUUCAAAACAUUUACAUAUUAGUCAAUGGUUCCAUGAGGACAGUGGUGUGUUUAUGACAGUAAAGAGAUUAAAUAAGGAAGUUUAGUCAAUAACAUGGAAAUCGGGAUAUACAGUUAGGGCCAGAAAUAUUUGGACAGUAACACAAUUUUCGUGAGUUGGGCUCUGCAUGCCACCGCAUUGGAUUUGAAAUGAAACCUCUACAACAGAAUUCAAGUGCAGAUUGUAACGUUUAAUUUAAAGGGUUGAACAAAAAUAUGUGAUAGAAAAUGUAGGAAUUGUACACAUUUGUUUACAAACACUCCACAUUUUAGGAGCUCAAAAGUAAUUGGACAUAUAAACAUAACCCAAACAAAAAAGUUUUUUCUCAAUAUUUUGUUGCGAAUCCUUUGGAGGCAAUCACUGCCUUAAGUCUGGAACCCAUGGACAUCACCAAACGCUGGGUUUCCUCCUUCUUAAUGCUUUCCCAGGCCUUUACAGCCGCAGCCUUCAGGUCUUGCUUGUUAGUGGGUCUUUCCGUCUGAAGUCUGGAUUUGAGCAAGUGAAAUGCAUGCUCAAUUGGGUUAAGAUCUGGUGAUUGACUUGGCCAUUGCAGAAUAUUCCACCUUUUUGCUCUCAUGAACUCCUGGGUAGCUUUGGCUGUAUGCUUGGGGUCAUUAUCCAUCUGUACUGUGAAGCGCCGUCCCAUCAACUUUGCAGCAUUUGGCUGAAUCUGGGCUGACAGUAUAUCCCGGUACACUUCAGAAUUCAUCCGGCUACUCUUGUCUGCUGUUAUGUCAUCAAUAAACACAAGUCACCCAGUGCCAUUGAAAGCCAUGCAUGCCCAUGCCAUCACGUUGCCUCCUCCAUGUUUUACAGAGGAUGUGGUGUGCCUUGGAUCAUGUGCCGUUCCCUUUCUUCUCCAAACUUUUUUCUUCCCAUCAUUCUGGUACAGGUUGAUCUUUGUCUCAUCUGUCCAUAGAAUACUUUUCCAGAACUGGGCUGGCUUCUUGAGGUGUUUUUGGCAAAUUUAACUCUGGCCUGUCUACUUUUGGAAUUGAUGAAUGGUUUGCAUCUACAUGUGAACCCUUUGUAUUGCUUUCAUGGAGUCUUCUCUUUACUGUUGACUUAGAGACAGAUACACCUACUUCCCUGAGAGUGUUCUGGACCUCAGUUGAUGUUGUGAACUGGUUCUUCUUCACCAAAGGAAGUAUGCGGCGAUCAUCCACCACCGUUGUCUUCCGUGGACGCCCAGGCCUUUUUGAGUUUCCAAGCUCACCAGUCAAUUCCUUUUUCCUCAGAAUGUACCCGACUGUUGAUUUUGCUACUCCAAGCAUGUCUCCUAUCUCUCUGAUGGAUUUUUUCUUUUUUUCAGUCUCAGGAUGUUCUGCUUCACCUCAAUUGAGAGCUCCUUUGACCGCAUGUUGUCUGGUCACAGCAACAGCUUCCAAAUGCAAAACCACACACCUGGAAACAACCCCAGACCUUUUAACUACUUACUUGAUUACAGGUUAACGAGGGAAAGGCCUUUUGAGUUAAUUGCAGCCUUUAGAGUCCAUUGUCCAAUUACUUUUGGUCCCUUGAAAAAGAGGAGGCUCUGCAUUACAGAGCCUCCUGUAUGAUUCCUAAAUCCUUUCUCCGAUUUGGUGUGGAAACUCUCAUAUUGCAGCUGGGAGUGUGCACUUUCAGCCCAUAUUAUAUAUAAAUUGUAUUUCUGAACAUAUUUUUGUCAACAGCUAAAAUAACAAAACCUGUGUCACUGUCCAAAUAUUUCUGGCCCUAACUGUACCUCUUUGGUUAGAGCAGUGGUGAUUUUAAUGGUGAUGUGCUACAGGAAUUGCUUUUUACAAAGCCUUCUGAAAAUAUACUUGAAAGGAUCUGAUAACAGAAAACUUCUGCAAGUAGGUGCUUACUGAGCCACGCAGCUGAAAAAAUGAAAAAUCAUAUUUUCAAGUGAAUUUUCUUUUUUUCCCCUCUCUCCUGUAGUGUUGGGCAGUGAUUCAGUCAUUUCAAAAACAUGGAUAGAUUAUUCAGGUUAUUAGUUUGUAUUCAUUUAAAAUAAUCUUUUGGGGGAAAAUGUGGGUUUUGGAUUGUUUGAUAUGGUUUAAUCACUGUAAUUUUUGUAAUUGAAAUAAAAAUGCUCUUCAAAGUA